AUGCAUUACUCAUUCACCAUCACCGUUCUAAGCCUCCUUUCAUCGGCUUUGGCCAUCACCGUCACCACCCCGUCAUCGGACACGGUGUGGGAUUUCUCAACUGCCAAAACUAUCAAAUUCACUAGCGAUUCCAGUGAUCCUUCAGUAAUCAGUAUCAUCCUUCGAAGUCAGGAUGGGUCCUUCCAGACCAAAUUGGCGGAUAACGUCAAGACCUCUGCCGGCGAAUACAAGACUCAGCCAAACCCUAGCAUUUCCAACGGAGAUGACUACGAGAUCCAGAUAAUUGAUUCUGGGGGUCAGCUCGCCGUCAGUGACAUUUUUACUGUCAAGAAGGGCGCUUCGGAUGAUGGUACCACAUCCUCAUCUUCUUCCACCACCAGCACAUCCUCCACUUCUUUGUCCGCGACAUCUAGUGAGACCACUUCUGCAUCAGUCACCUCCACCCUUACGUCCUCGGCAUCUUCAACACCCACGUCGUCGACUAGCUCCACCACCACGUCCUCCUCUACCUCUUCUUCCACGACAACGUCUUUCACCUCUGCCGACGCUUCAUCCACCAGUGCCUCCGCGUCCCCUCUGCAGUCGACUGGUGCUGCGUCGUCUCAGUUUAAUGCCCCGAAGGGAGCGGUGGCUCUACUCAGUGCUGCUUUUGCGCUUUUCCACGUCUAG